AUGGUCUCGUCUUACCCUUUACCGGAUGGCUUCUCCGACUUCGAUGUGUUUUCCCUGGGAUCGUGUCUGCUGGUGGAGGGUCUGCUGGGCUUCUUUCUCAACGCGGUGACAGUCGUCGCCUUCCUCAAAGUGAGAGAGUUGAGGACCCCAAGCAAUUUCCUAGUGUUCAGUUUAGCCAUGGCUGACAUGGGCAUCUCCAUGAACGCCACCAUCGCCGCUUUCUCCAGCUUCCUGAGGUAUUGGCCUUAUGGCUCUGAUGGAUGCCAGACUCAUGGUUUCCAGGGCUUCAUGACGGCCCUCGCAAGCAUCCACUUCAUCGCUGCUAUUGCCUGGGACAGAUACCACCAGUACUGCACCAGGACAAAGCUGCAGUGGAGCAGUGCCAUCACUCUGGCUAUAUUUGUCUGGCUCUUCACUGCCUUCUGGUCUGCCAUGCCUCUCAUCGGCUGGGGAGAGUAUGACUACGAGCCCCUCAGGACCUGUUGCACUCUGGACUACACUAAGGGAGACAGAAACUACGUGUCCUACUUGAUCCCCAUGAGCAUCUUCAACAUGGCCAUCCAGGUGUUUGUUGUAAUGUCCUCCUACCAGUCCAUUGCACAGAAAUUUAAGAAGACAGGAAACCCAAGGUUUAACCCCAACACUCCUCUGAAGACUAUGCUGCUCUGCUGGGGCCCCUAUGGCGUCCUGGCUUUCUACGCUGCUGUAGAGAAUGCCAACCUGGUCUCCCCCAAACUCAGGAUGAUGGCUCCCAUCCUGGCUAAGACCUCUCCUACCGUCAACGUCUUCCUGUACGCUUUGGGAAAUGAGAACUACAGAGGAGGCAUCUGGCAGUUCCUCACUGGGGAAAAGAUUGAUGUGCCUCAAAUUGAGAACAAGUCCAAAUAA